AUGGCGGACGUGGUCGUCGGCAAAGAGAAGGGCGGGGAGCAGCGACUAGUGUCGUUGCCCCUGUCCCGCAUCCGGGUCAUCAUGAAGAGCUCCCCCGAGGUGUCCAGCAUUAACCAGGAGGCGCUGGUGCUCACGGCCAAGGCCACGGAGCUCUUUGUUCAGUAUCUAGCCACCUACUCUUACAGACAUGGCACUGGAAAGGACAAGAAAGCACUGGCUUACAGUGAUGUAGCGAAUACUGCCGAGGAGUCAGACACUUUCCAGUUUCUGGCAGACAUACUACCAAAGAAGAUUUUAGCUAGCAAAUACCUAACAAUGCUUCAGGAGAGGAGGGAGGCGGAGGAAGAGGAUGAUGAUGAGGAGGAGUGUGAUGAGGACACUGGUUCCUAA